AUGGUAGUAUUAGUAAUCACUCAUACGUCUACUUUUGCAUCAUAUCUAAUAGCAUUUUCGAUAUUUUUAUAUUAUCGAAGUAGAAGAAGAUCUAUGAAGAUAAUUGUGGUUGAGUUAAAUACUAUCAAUUUAAAUAAAACCAACCACGAUAUAAAACCAUGGUGUGGUGUAACCACCUUAAAUAACUUACAUUUUGAUAACCAUGAUUUUGUUUUCAAUCAUUUUCUAUUUGGAACCCUACUACUGUCUGAAUUAGGAAUGUUGGCAUUGAAACUGGUAAACAUUUCAACAAGAAUUGCAAAUAAACGGCCGCUAAAUAUGGAUAUCCCCCUAAACAGCCAGAAUGAUGUUAUCCAGGUAUCGUUAUCAGAUACUAAGUCGAAUACAGUGGGACUUAUUUAUCAUCCUAUACUUAUAAUGAACAAGCUUAGAUUUAUAAUGUCCUCAUCAAAUCAGGCAGUGUUUACUUCACUUGCCAGUAACCUGAAUAUUAACAAGUUGAUUGAUAGCAUUAAAAAAUCAGAGCCGUUUGAAGAUGUAAUAUCUUUAGACUAUAUUGAUGGAGAACCCGAGCCAUUGAAUAAUUUUGGCUUUUUGAUACACUCAAACUUGAUGAAUGUCGAGUACAUGAACUCGGGAAUGCAGAUAUCUAAAAAACCACCAAGCUAUAUACUAUGGCUUCCUAAGUUUAGAGGCCACUUGGGAACUCCAGGAUAUGGCCCUAUUCAGCACCAAAUUAAUCGCCAUCCUACCCAUACUCGAAUUAACAUAAUGAUGAAAAAUGAUAACAGCCUCAAUGAUAAGAUAGUUAUGGAUAUAGAUUUGUUUUCUGGAUUGAAACUCGCUGACUACACGCUAAAAGUUAUUGACCAAAUGAUUAAUUUGGGUAAUAUUAGUCUAAUUACGAAUAGGCUAUAG